AUGCUGGGUGCCAAAUAUUACGUUUUUGUGGCCAUUGCGGCAAUUUUUUUCUAUUGUUAUGUUAUUGACGAAGAUGCUUUCGGACUUACCAUCACGUGGCAUUGUCCGCUCCACUCGGCAGCUUCCAUCGUUUCCUGGCCUACGCCGGAAGCCUGCUACUGGAGCCGCUCGUACACAGAGGCGCGAGAAAAGUUCCGCAUUCUCGGUGUCACGCUGCGCGAUCAGGUGCUUCCACAGGGCGACAUUGGGGCCCACCACGCUCAAACCAGUAGAAGCGCAGAGAACACCUCAAUCAAAAUUAGCCGACAGAAGAGAGUAGAAGCAAGGAACCGAGCCUUGGCGAAGCUUUUGGGUGGAUCUCGAGUAGAAAGUAUCAAAUUUGCAAGCGUCGACGUCCAUGACGAGAAUAACGCAAGAAGUGGUGAUGGGAAAAAGAUCAAGCUGAUUGAUGGCUUCAACGACCGCGAGCGCGCUGCCGCGAACACGGUGGACGCAGUGGUGCUUACGGUAGCGACGGGGUCGGUGGAUGUCGUUGAGUCGAAUCCUGCAUCCAGUGAUGGAGCAACGAAAGACAAUCACACCAGCAACAGCGACGGACCGGACGCAUCACCAUCGAAAGCAAAUCUAAAUGGCGCUCCUUCUGGUCGUCGUGACCAGGAAAUCCACGACGUAAUCCAUUCAAGUGGUACGCACGGCGCCGAGGCUUAUGCCGGAUCUGCCAUUCAAGUCCAAUUUUUGCAGGAGCUCUUGCGCGAGAUCGUCGUUGGCUCCUCAUCCGCGAGAGGUAGUUUUGUGCCACAAGGAGAAAGUCCUGACUUGCACGAAAAGGGCGCUGAUGUGCAACAAGAUCUUCUGGACGAUGCGGAUACAGGCUCGGCGCGAGCAAGAAGAUCGAAUGCGAAAAUCCGCAAGAUUCUUCUGGUGCACUGCAUCAACCCCUUUGGCAUGCGUCACUACCGCCGCUUUAACGAAAACAACGUUGAUCUGAUGCGGAACGCACUGUCGCGCGAAGAGGCCGUACAAGUACGCAGCCGAGACCCCAACAUUGCUGGAUACGAGGACUUGGACUACAUUCUGAAUCCCUACGACAAAACGGCAGUGGCGGACACCACGUCAAAAAUACUCCUCGACGAAGAUGAUCACGUUAGUAGCGGAAGCAGUGGUAAAGCGGCCUCACUGCAGCACGAGCAGCCGUCUGGAAUAGGGGCAGCUGCACCUCCCGAACAAGCAUAUUAUAGCCGAGCGAGCGAGCUGAACCUCCUCCCGGCGCUUCAGGAAAUUGCCGUCUUCCUCCGAUGCGUUUUCAACGCAGGCAAAGAGUUGCUUUUCGGUCGCGGAUACGCCAAGCUGAAGCGUGCCUUGGUCGCUGCGCAAUAUCAUCGCCCAACCGCACUUUGGUACGGCGGCGUUCCGGGGAAGUGGGAACCCAGUGUGCGAAUCCUGCAGUAUCUCAUGAACACUUUUGCAGAAAUGGAAGACCGCGACAGGGUUUGGAUCGACGUGCACACUGGUUUGGGCCCUUAUGGCGAGUACGUCCUACUUCCGGGCCUCAAGGAGCUACCUUUUGCAGGAGGAGCGCUGGAAGAAAAGAAUAAACACCGGAUGUCCACCCUCAGCGCUGGAGAUGAAAAAGAUGCGAACUUUACGGGCAGAUCGGUAGAAAAUCCUCAGCCACCUUCGACACGCACGUCGCUUUAUUCUGCGAAAGACGCCACGACGAGGGAGAGAGGGAACGAGGUGAUUCAUGCUCUUGUCGAUAAAGCUAGGCAGAUCUUUUUCGACGAACCAAUUGACGAUGGCGGACUCCUGUUUCGGAAACCGGUCGAAGCUGCCAGGAGCAGUACACAAGUUGAAACUCCGGACUUUGCAUCCGUCCGCGAGGGAUACGAACUGACACAGGGUGCUCUCACUGGUGCUGCUUUGUGUCCUCCCACUCUGGCGCCAGGUCGAAACGGACAACAGGAGAUAGAUCAACCCAGUGGUCGAGACCGGGAGAGUUUGAAAGAUGAACAAGCUAGAAGUACGCAGGACCGGCCUCCUGGCCUUCCACCCGGCGCUGCAAGAAAGCCCUCAGCGACAUGCCUGGCGUUUGUGCAAGAGUUUGGAACGCGGCCCGGCAUAUUGGUUGCCAUGGAGCACCGGCAGUUUGUGUUGGGGAACAAGAAGACCGACGGGUGGAUGAACCGAUUUGCGUUCAACCCUCAGCGCUGGAGCUGGCGCAACCUGGUCGCACACGGCGGCAAAAGAAUAUUGUGGAAGGCUCUCAACAACGUCACGACCUCUGCAGCACCGCCGUUGAUCUGACAAGGUCGACUCGUUAUUGAGAGAGCCAAUUUCUCCGGAAAUAGACGUUGGUUGCGUCUACGUCGGUUCCGGGAACAUCUGCAUCUUGGUGCAGUCGCGUCAAGCGAUGAAAACGGCAAUGAGUUGUGGAGUCUUCAAUUCUCGAGGUGGAGCCCAUUAAAUACUGAUGGUCUGGGGUCGUGGCGCGGCGAUGAUUGCGGGGCUUCACUUGCUUUACGCCAUCUUCGCCUUUGCUACCUAUGCGGUAUACUAAGAUCUUAGCUCCUUUGCAAAAAAUAACGGAAAUAACCACGUAGAAUACGUGGAAGAUUCAGAAGAUCAUAAUUACUCAUGAUCGUAUGUUGAUGACUCUCUGUGUGGGCAUGUAAGACUAAGACCCAGCUGACCAAGAACGGGGCGUUCAGGAAUUAGUAUGGAAGUUCAAUUUAGUUGCGAAAAACACGAAGUAGAGAAAUGACAAAAGAAUGCGGCCCACCAAGAAAAGGACGAUGGAUC